UUGCGUUUUGAUUUUAGAACAAACGUAAACGGACGUUUCCUGACGAUUUCGUUUAUCUAAUAAAUUUUACGGGGCUUUGGCGAAAAUAUUCAAUCGUCUGUGUGACCACAGGAUUUUAUUGAAGUGAAAGCAAGUGAAAAAUUAUGGGUUUUGGGCUCCGUGCGAGUGAAAGUGGAGUGAACUCGACCGGUGUUUUUGUGUUGACUAGUUGAUCGUCCAAUUUUUUAACAAAACAAAUGAGAGAGACUCCUCCAGACAUUCCUGGGCUUCUUGGGGGAUGGAUACGAAUGAACAGAAGUCCUUGUCCCAUAAAGAGUGGCGGAGGAUUGCCAAAAAGGAGAGGAGGAGGAAAAUACGAUGUAAACAUGCUCGUGAGAGAGAGAAUGAUGAUGAUCGUUUGAGGGAGACACUGGAGAGGAGCGCGGAAUAUUUAAAAUGGAUCGAGGAACAGGCGAAUCUGGAAAAAGAAAAUGAGAGAAGGGAACAAGAGGAGCAUGACCACCAGGAACGACUUUGGAUCGAGAGAGAGGUGAAAGCCCAGGACGACUGGAAGCUCCUCCAGGAACGUCGUGCAAAGGCCCGAGCGGAGCAGCACCACCAGGAGGAGAUUCUCCGUAAAGAUUUCGAGGCAAAGCAGCAGCUCCUGAACAAGCAGAAAGAAGAAGCCCAGAGUCGUCAAGAGGAGGAGUUGAAGCGUCAGGAGGACCUCAGGAACGCUAUCGACAGCUACAUCGACGAGGGGGCAAAGACCCCAGAGUCCCUGCGGGCAGUGAUGGACAGUAAACCUGGGAAGGAGCUCUGUCCAUUCUUCGCGAAGACAGCGGCCUGCAAAUACGGUGACUCGUGCUCGAGAAACCACCGGAGGCUCGCCCUCGGCAAGUUUCUCAUCAUUCCUGGCUUCUACAGUCACUUUUCCCUCGAGAGAAAUUCAUUCGAGUACGACACCGACAUUGGCCUGGAGUACGACUGCGUCGAGACACAGAAGGACUUCAGGGAUUUUUAUCGGGAUAUUCUGCCGGAGUUGGAGUCAUUCGGGAGAAUAAAAACCCUGAAAUUCUGUCGCAAUACUGAGGUUCAUCUCAGGGGAAAUCUCUACGUGGAGUACUCCAGUGAGAGGGAGGCAGCGAGGGCCUGGAGGAAAUUGCAUGGACGGUAUUACGCUGGAAGGCAGUUGAACUGUGAAUUUGCUAAUAUAAGUUCCUGGAGGGCCGCUGUCUGUGGACUCAACCGGUGUCCAAAAGGGAAAAUGUGCAAUUUUUUGCAUACUUUUAGGAAUCCUAGGGAUGAGUAUGAUAUUCUGAGCCCUCCCAGGCGGGGCAAGAAAGGGGAGGGAGAAAAUUCUGAUCGAAGGAGUGAAAAGAGUGACCGCAGCACUCAUAUGCCGCCCAUCCAGGACAUCACCAUGAACCAGACGACGUACUUGGGCAGUGGCACAAAUCCCAGAUCACCGGGGAAAAUUCCCAAUGGGACUGCCUCAGGUCAUGCUGGCAGAACCAUCAAAGAUUAUGAGGACCAACUGGGCGUUCUACAGAAGGAAAAUUUCAAUCUCAAAUUACGGGUUUACUUUCUCGAAGAGAAGAUGGGCAUCAGUUCGGCCGACGAGAAUACGAUUAAGAAGAAUAUUGAACUUAAUGUUGAACUUGAAUCCCUGAAGAAAGAUCUGAUUGAGAAGCAGGAACUGCUCAGUCAAGCGGCGAAGGCCUUUCAACUGCACGAGGAGCAAAAAGAAGCAUCAGCUCGUCAUCAAGCUCAAUAUCAGGAGUCCUUGGAGGCCGAAAGACGAAGAAUAGAAGAGCUUGAACAAGAACUGUCAGAUUACAAGGAAAAAAUGGAACCGUCGAUAUACUACAAAGAGGCCUUCGGUAUCACUCCGGAAUCAGCAAUGGAGAACAAGGAGAAGCUGAUCCAGAUGGAGGAGCUAGUGGAGAGCCUUGAGGCAGAAGUUAAACAGUUGUCAGCGAGCCUCGAGGACGAGAGAUCCUGGGCGCAGGAAUUGGAGACUGAGAGAGAUGCACUGAGGAUUCGACUGGAGGUGGAAGUGAAAAAUCGUGAGAAAUUGACAGCCGCACGUGACAGCGACAGCGACGAGCUCCGAGGAAGGAUCAAGGAGCUGGAGGAGGAGGCCUUGAAGCGUGAGAGUGCAGUUCAACAGUUCAAAAGUGAAUUGGCUGAGAAGGAUCGCUUGAUCCGGGAGAAGAUCUCCCUGUUGGAGGAGAAGUGUCGUGCCUGCGAUGAACUCACUGAGGUCGCCGAGAAGAGGAAGAAACAGAUUGAUCAGCUCAGGACGUCUGUCAAGUCCAGGGACGAUGCACUCACGGAUCUGAAUAAUAAGCACAGAGCACUUUUGAAUCAGUCGGAGAACACCCUGACGAGGAGAAUGUCACCACCUGGCAGUCCAAUUACUUAUGAUGAUUCGAGUCAGGGGAUGAGGUCAGGACAGAGAUCAGGGAUUGUCAGUCCAGGAAAAUGUAACAGUCCCUUCGACUGGGACUUCAGGUCUAGGGGAAUAGUGCACAUGAAUUCCGUGGAGGAGAGGGAGGUCAAGGAGUUGGUGAAGGAACUCGAAGAAAGAGAUCGUAAACUGAAGGACCAAGAGGAAACGAAGAAACAGCUGAUGUUGAAGCUCUGCAAUGUCCAGGAGACCGCCGAAGCCACUCAGAGAGAUCUGAAAAAAGUGCAAACAGAUCAUAACAAAGCUCUCAGAAUGAUCCAAGAAUUCGUGGGUCGUACGAAACACCUGGAGCAAAAGCUCAGCAAAAAGGACAAGAAAAUUGAAGAGCUGAAGUUGGAGAGCACCAAGCUGAAAGAGUCCGAAUCGAGAACAAAAAGAAACGGUCAGUUAUCGUCAAUAAGGCGAAAUUUAACCCCGGAAAUGGACGAUGGUUCACUGGAGAAGAAAUCGUCGAGUCAGCAGCGUUUCGAGGAAAUGGAAAUCAAGAUAAACGACCUCAGAGACGAAAUCGACAUGAUCAAAGCUGAGAAAAAUCGUCUUGAAAAACAAAUACACGAUGAGUCAGAGGAGCUGCACGACCAAAUAGCCGAUAAACAACGAAGAAUAGACUACCUGGAACUGGAGCGUGAAGAGAUAAAGCGUGAGCUUGAGGACAAGGAAAAUGAGAUCAAGCACAUGACAUCGAAUGCCUCAUUGCCUCUCCCAGAGAUCGAGCAACAGCUGUUAUCGAAGACCCGAGAGAUCGAGGAGAAGAAUCAGAAGAUCGAGCAGUUGUCCAAAGACCUCCAGAUAAAAACCCAGAACCUCCAGAAGCUGGUGAACACCGAGUUGUGGUCCAAGAAUAAGGAGAUAGCCAAGUUGCACAAUCACAUGACGAAUCAGUGCCACGAGAGAAGUCGAAAUAAAUCAGAGUCCCAACAGGACCUGGUGAAUUCCCACCUGGAGCUCUUGCUGAAGGAGCUGAACGACAUUGGAGUGGAGGUAAAGUUCUCAGAGGACAUCGUCCACUUGAGGUACUCAAAUCAGUCUCUUCCGGACAUCAAAUCCCUGGCAGAGAACGUUCAGAAGCUCGUGCUCCAGAAGAACGACCUCGAGAAAGAAGUGGAGUACCUGAAGUGGUUGAAAUUAAUUUCAAAAACGGACGUGGAGAGCGACGAUUCGAACGGCUUUGAGUCUGAAAAAUGUCGAGAGUACUGUGAGCUUCUGCGGGGACACUUGAAGUCCCUGGUGAAGUUCAUGAAGGAGAUGCUGAAGAGCUCGAACUACUCCAUCAACGACGAGUACAAACGCAUGGUCCUGGACGUUCUGGUGGGCUCUAGGAUUCUCUCUGAGGACUUUGUUCAGGCCCUGGAGGGUGUCAACAGUUUCUCAAAGAGGGAGCUCACCCUCGAGGAUAUCUGCACGUGCAGGGAUUUGAAACGAAGCAGAUCACACCUGAUGGACGAGAAAUCAGACUCGGAGGCUUUCUCAGAGCCAGACAGAAGUGUCUCACUGGCGAGAAUUGGCCUUCAGGAGAUCCCUGAGAAGUCCUCGAGGUCUAGGUACAUCAAGUACUCGAAGAACUUCAGCGAUUCCGAAGACUCGGUGGAUUAUGUUCCCUAUCACAAGACGUAUCAGAGUGAUCUUAACGAGAUUGACUCGUCCCAUCAUCUGCAGGAGCUCAAGGAGACUAAUAAUUCUUUGUACACUGAGCUGAUGGACCUGAGGAACGACCUGAUAAGACGAUCACCUAUGAUUGACGUUGAUGAGAAGCUCAAGCCUAUCAUCCUGAAGAUUGAGAAGUCCCAGAGCUUUUGCGACAAACUCCAGGGAUCACUUGAUAAAAAAAUGCAGGAGAGCCUGAUCAAGAAGGAGAGCAAACAGAAUAGUGUGAGGAAGGCGCAGUUGGAGAAGAAAAUUGUUGACGUCGAGAACAUGGCGAUGGAAAUUGCCAAACAAAAGUCCGAGCUGAUGCUCUACAAGGAGAAUAACGAGAGGAAGACUGCGGAGAUGAUGAUGGGAUUGAAUAUGGAGAAUGAGGGACUUCGGUUAAGGGUUCAGAAGCUGGAGGAGGAGAACGAGGGAGCCAGGGGGAAUGUCUCCAUGCUCACGAAGGAGUUGGACAGGCUGACACUCUCCCAGAGUCAAGUGCUGGUGGAGAACACGAAAUUGACUAAUGACAAGCUCAGGCUGGAGCAGGAUGUGAGGAAGGUAGAGGCCAGGUUCGAGGCCACCUUGAAGAGCCUCAAGGAGAAGUUCGAGAAGGAGGUGGCCGACCUGAACAUGAUCAAUGACUCUCAGAGGGGCAGAAUGCAGGAACUGGAGGUGGCUAAUAAGGAACUGAGGAGGCAGGUGGUGGUUUGUGAGACCAGCGAUUCAGCACCGAGCUCCAGUGGAAUUUCAUCGAUUCCUACUGAUGGUAGACUCAAACAGACGUGCGAUGAUCUCAUACAGGAAUUUCAUUUUAAUGGCUCUCAGUACUGGCAGCCAUUGAACUAUCCACCGUCGACUGGUCGCAGUAAAUCCAGUUGUUCUCCGGAUCUUGGUAUCGAGAGUGAUGCAGCAGUGUCAACAACGAGACCCCUCAAAGAUACGUUAAAAAUCACGGAAUCUAUGACAAAUCUAUUGAGCGACGACGAGAACUGCAAUCGAGGACUGCGGGAUCUAGACAGGGAGAGCCCGCUACACCUUGAAGGUGGGCAUAAUUAUAGUAUGUAUCUCAAACAGUCUGGACGAAGUCGAGGCCUUGAAGCAGGAGAACGAAGCUUUGAAAAGACGAUUGAUGAAGACGAAGAGGGCCUUGGAGGACACAUUCAAGCACCUGUCCGCCUCCAACAAGAAUAAGAAAAAUGUCGAGAAGGCAAUCACCAAGCAACUCAUGAUCACGAAGAGUAUUCUCCAGAAAACGAGAACUUAUGAGGAGCCUUUCGACAACUGAUGAUGUGAGACAAACAAAUGUUAUUUGUUUUUGAAAACGGUGGGAGAAUCAUUGAUCAUGGAAAUUGAUCUUUCUCUCCGAAUUUACCACGGGGUAUUACCGUUGCUCUUACAACGAUAUUACGUUUUUUCAUCCUACUCUUAGUUACGUAUUCGUAUUCUACGAUUUUUUGCGGUUCACUCGUGAUCCGAACGACUGAAUUAUACUAAUUGGUACUUAUCUUUGAUAUGAAAUCAUUCGGUGAAAAAUUUGAAGGCAAAAAUUACCGCUAACGUAAUUUUUUUUCGUAUAUUAAGACAGAGGGGCAUUUUUUAAGCAAAAAAUGAGAGGAUAAACAAAUUCAAGGUUUGAGAUUGUUUGAAGGCCAUUGAUAAGGAAACAUCGAAAUCACGAUUCUUCCGCGAUCAUUCUAAAUUCAAGUGUAUAUUGGAUAUUGUAAAUAAUUCAAGUGGAAUGCGAAAAUUCUACCUUAGGCUUUUCCUUUUGUAUGUAGAUUUUGAAAAUGAUUUUUUUUCAGAUAUGAAUGGUAAAUUUGUAGGUGAUUAUGUACGUGUAUAUAAGAUAUGUACUCAUGGUUCAACAUCUGUAAAUAAACACAAGAGUAAAGUGCCAUUAAAGUUUUGCCUUUCGAUGA